CCGGGUACGAUCAAGGGAUGGCUCCCUAUUGGUCAACCACGUUAUGUAUGCCGAUGAUUUGGUAAUAGCUGCUCAUUCAGAAGAGGAGUUGGAGACGCUGCUGCUGAGACUGGAGCGUGCCACCAAGAGGUGGGGCCUUACCAUCAGCCCCACCAAAACUAAGCACCUGCCUGGGUAUUUUGUACCAUCGGACACUCCACCCCCACAACUCCCAAUUGGUGAUGGGGCAGUUGUGGAGAGAGUGGAGAGUUUCCCAUACCUGGGCCGUGUGCUUAUGACCGGCUCCAGUCUAUCAGCAGAGGUCUCACUCCGAAUCAGUCGAGCGGCAAUAUCUUUUCAUCGGUUGCGUAACGCUGUGUGGAAGCUACCUGGUCUGUCGCUCCGCACGAAGCUUCAGGUCUUCUCGGCCACGGUCAUUCCCUCCCUUCUCUACGCUUGCGAGACGUGGACCCCCCUGGUGGAGCAUCUUCGCCGGUUGGAAACAUUUAGGCUGGCCUGCCUACGAUCCAUCCUGGGUUUAACCAGGCUGGAUUGUGUGAGGAGCUCACAAAUCCUUGAAAGAUCUGGGCAAAGUCCCAUCAGUGAGCUCCUCCGGCAGGCAAGGCUGCGUUGGCUGGGUCAUGUAGCCCGCAUGCCCAGCCACCGCAUGCCUAAACAGCUUUUGUUCGGCCGGAUCGAGGGGGCUAGACGGGCGCGGCACGGGCUGGAGAAGAGAUGGAGUGAUGUGGUACAGGAGGACGUGGAGCUGAGUGGACUUGCCGAUGACUGGUACCAGCGGUGUCAAGAUCGGCCUCAGUGGAGGAGGCUCGUGAAGGACGCUACUGGGCAGUUGGAGGCAGUCGCCCUCCAACAACAACGGAGGGCGGAGGAGCGACGCUCACAACAACGAGCGGAGCGCCGGGUGGCUAAAGCACAGCAAGUUGGCACAGUAGGGGGCACAGGUGGUGCAUCAGCCAGUCAUCUCGGUCAUCUCGGUCAGUCGACCCGUGGCACCUGCUGGGUCUGCCCCGUGACCUCCUGCCAGCGGGCGUUCGACACCUCACGUGGAAGCCUCAAGGUGCACAUGGCCUGGCACAAGCGUCGUGGUGACGUCACCGCCACUUAGUGGCGAAUGGCGGU